AUGGAACCGCGGUCAAUCAAAGUACCAUGGACGAUCACUUUUAUACUCAAUUUCAUAUUCUUGAUUGGUUCCCUUCUUUUAAUGGUGAUGGCCGUUGUGGCCGCCGUCAAUCCACCACAAAGCGAUAUCAGUCCAAAAAGGGUCAAUGAGUAUCCACAGUAUCUUCUGACAAUCUGCUUGUUAGCUCUCUUCGCGUGGUGUCUCUUCUCCCUCCAUUUUCUUGGAGUCAUCGCCACAGCAAUUCGGAACUCAUUUCUUCUUUCUGUGUUCAUCCUCUGUCAAAUCGCUCAACUCGUGGCACAAUUUGUAAUGAUUGCUUUCACUUUGACGGUUAGAACAAGGUUACACUCUCGUUUGGAGGAGACGUGGAGAGGAUUGAAGAAAUGCAACGAGUUGACACCGUGUGAUCCAGUGAAACGCUUUCAAAACUCCGAAACUCUGCUCAUAGCUUUCUUCUCGGUUUGCACUGUGUUGCAGCUUGCUCUGCUCAUCGCAAGCAGUGUUCUGUGCGAGAGAAUGUCGUACGCCGAAAGCCUCAAUGCACAAAAACAACGCGAAAAAGAAGAGGAUGAGGAUAUUCUCUUCCCGCAUGAUCAGCAAACACAAACCGAUCCCUUUCCAGGCACUAUGCCAUCACAAGCA